CGCGGCGCAUGUGCCCGGCACCCCCCACCGGCCCUGGAUUCCACUUCCGCUCCCCUCGCGCUGCAGCCGCAGCUGCCUACAGGCCCCGCGCCGCCUCGGGAGUCCAUGGCCGGCACGCGCUGGGUACUCGGGGCGCUGCUCCGGGGCUGCGGCUGUAACUGCAGCAGCUGCCAGCGCACCGGCGCCGCCUGCUUGCCCUUCUACUCCGCCGCUGGCUCAUUCCCGUCGGGCGUCUCGGGCCGUCGCCGCCUGCUGCUGCUGCUCGGGGCCGCCGCGGCCGCCGCCUCCCAGACGCGUGGCCUCCAGAUCGGGCCUGUGCCUCCCGGGAGGCUGGCGGGGCCUUCCCCUGCGGCCACCUCUGCCGCGGCCGUAGCCGCCGCGGCCUACCCUGCCCUCCGUGCCCCUCUGCUGCCGCAGUCGCUGGCGGCGGCCGCAGGUCCGACGCGGAGCUACAGCCAGGAGUCUAAAACGACUUACCUGGAAGACCUUCCAGCUCUCCCUGAGUAUGAAUUGACCCCAUCCAAGUCAGGAGAGGAAGUGGAUGAUGUCUAUCUCAUUCGAGCUCAAGGACUGCCCUGGUCAUGCACUAUAGAAGAUGUGCUUAACUUUUUCUCAGACUGCAGAAUCCGCAAUGGCCAGAAUGGAAUACAUUUCCUCCUAAAUAGAGAUGGAAAGCGAAGGGGUGAUGCCUUAAUUGAAAUGGAGUCAGAGCAGGAUGUGCAGAAAGCCUUAGAGAAGCACCGCAUGUACAUGGGCCAGCGGUAUGUGGAAGUAUAUGAGAUAAACAAUGAAGAUGUGGAUGCCUUAAUGAAGAACCUGCAGGUCAGAUCUUCGCCUGUGGUAAAUGAUGGUGUGGUUCGUUUGAGAGGACUUCCUUAUAGUUGCAACGAGAAAGACAUUGUAGACUUCUUUGCAGGACUGAAUAUAGUUGACAUUACUUUUGUGAUGGACCACAGAGGGAGACGAAAAACAGGGGAAGCCUAUGUGCAAUUUGAAGAACCAGAAAUGGCCAACCAAGCCCUGUUGAAACAUAGGGAAGAAAUUGGUAAUCGAUACAUCGAGAUAUUUCCAAGCAGAAGGAAUGAAGUUCGAACACAUGUUGGUUCUCAUAAGGGAAAGAAAAUGGCAUCUUCUCCUACUGCUAAGUAUAUAACUGAGCCAGAAAUGGUCUUCGAAGAACACGAAGUAAAUGAGGAUAUUCGACCCAUGACAGCUUUUGAAAGUGAGAAAGAAAUAGAAUUGCCUAAGGAGGUGCCAGAAAAGCUUCCAGAGGCUGCUGAUUUUGGAACUACGCCUUGUCUGCAUUUUGUCCACAUGAGAGGAUUACCUUUCCAAGCCAAUGCCCAAGACAUUAUAAACUUUUUCGCUCCACUGAAGCCUGUUAGAAUCACCAUGGAAUACAGCUCCAGUGGGAAGGCCACUGGAGAAGCUGAUGUGCACUUUGAGACCCAUGAGGAUGCUGUUGCAGCGAUGCUUAAGGAUCGGUCCCACGUUCAUCAUAGGUAUAUUGAACUGUUCCUGAAUUCAUGUCCAAAAGGAAAAUAAGACUUCAGGGGCUCCAGAUAAUAAGAAUGAAGCCAGAAGCAUUUCAUUUGCACAUCUUUCUUGGACAUGGGAUGUACAGUUCCAGUUUAUUAGCAGUAACUGCUGGGGAAUUGAUUUUGGUGUUUUGGGUUAAUUGCUUCUAAGAAAAAUUUCAUAAUGGACUGUUUAGAAGAAGAAAUGAAAGAUCCAGUUUGGGCUUAUGAAAUAAACCACAAAUUAAAACUUUAUUGUUUAAACUGUC